AGAGCCAUGGUUUCUGACAUCAACUACUUAUGACAGAAUACUGACCGCCACACCCUUAGAACAGACCUAUAACCUAUACGGAACAUAAUCUCCAACCAUGUCCUACACCACUGAGGCGGAGGAAGCCGGAGCAUGUCCCCAUUUAUUGUCCACGUUUACGGAUGACGGGGUCAGAUCGGAUAUCCUUCAGAAAUACCGAACCGUUGUGUCAUGGGCAACAUCUCGUUCAUAUGAAUCCCAGCGACCGGCUAAGAAACGAAAACUUUCUACCCCACAAUGUGGUUCUUGUGGAAUCGCGUUAUCCCGGCCUUUUGUCUGCCUGCAUUGCUCAUAUUCCGGAUGUUGGUCCUUGUCCCACAUUCAAGGUCACCUCUCUGAAGCCGGACACCACUUCUGUGUUGACGCGAAGUCCGGCUCUAUAUUCUGCAGCGAAUGCGACGACUUCGUAUAUGACGCUAUUAUAUCCGACGUGUACAACUCCACGACACUUGCUUUGGAAGAGAAAUAUACGUCCUUUCAAGUGGCAAAGAAACGCCGUGAGCCCUUCCGGCCAUGGACUCCAAACGAUAAGGACACGGAAGCCCUUGACGGAGCCACGUCUUUGCCUUGCAUAGGUCGUCGGGGCCUGCUGAACCUGGGACAAACCUGUUUUCUCAACGUCGUACUACAAUCGUUUCUCGCGAACCCUCUUCUGCGCAACUACUUUCUCAGCGAUAAGCACAAUCAUAGGCUCUGCAGCAGGGGCAAGGAUUGUACCUGUUGCGAGAUGGAUACACUAUUUUCAGAGGUCUAUUCAGGGAACGAAGCACCUUUUGGCCCCACAACCUUCCUGUCGACGACAUGGCGUGCUUCAUCAGAACUGUCAGGAUACGCCCAACAAGACGCUCACGAGUGCUUUAUUUCCGCUCUGAAUCAGAUUCACGCCACAUCUCGUGGUUCAACAAAGCUGUCAUGCAUCUGCAUUGUCCAUUCGACGUUUGAUGGAUUGCUGCAAAGCGACGUCAAGUGCAAAAAGUGCGGCAAUGUCACAACCGCCACUGACCCAAUGUUGGACAUCAGUCUGGAGCUGAAGGGAAAAAUUGGAGAGAUUGGUCGGAACAACACCCUGGCCUCAUGUCUCCGAAGGUUCACACAACCUGAAGAGCUUGGAGCAACCGAGUAUAGCUGUGACAAGUGCGGAAGAUGUCCCGCGAGCAAGCGUCUGAGUAUACGAAAACUCCCUCCAGUGUUGAGCUUCCAAUUCAAACGAUUUGAAUACAAAUCAGCGGACCGCUCGUCCGCGCAGAAAAUCGAAGCCUCCGUUCGAUUCCCAGCAAGUCUAAAUAUGGCCGAGUAUACGACACUUGUCAUGAAGGCACAGGAAGGAGAACGGGAGAAGGGUCAGAAAACGGAAGGAUCUUAUCCCAGCUCGGACAUUGGUCCACAAGCGAUGUAUGAGUAUGACCUCUUUGCCGUCAUCUGCCAUGACGGUCAAAUCGACAACGGACAUUACACCUGUUUCGCUCGUUAUCAGGAUGAGUGGUACUACUUCGAUGACGAUAAAGUCACUCAUUCCUCCCUCGGGGCAUGCCUGAAGUCGCAGGCCUAUAUGUGUUUCUACGUCAAGCGGCGUCUCGACUAUAAGCCGUACGUAACCCCGUCGUAUGUCGUCGCACGGGAAGCGGAGGCUAUCAAGGAAAAGGAACGAGAAAGGGAAAGGGAGGCCGCGCUUACAAAGGAAGUAGACGACGCCUUGCUAGAGUACGUUACAGUCCGACGGUACUUAGCAUGAUACAAAAGUGGAAGGAAAAGCAAGGUAAGAAGUAUACAACUAGUGUGAGCAAUACUUGCGGUACUUGUUCCGCGCGAAUGGUGAGAGCAGUCUAACUGAAAGGGAAUGAAGGAAGCUCGAAGAUCGAAUAUGAGAAGAACGGAACCAAUCUAGAGAGACCUCAUCAAGGAAUAAUUUCCUUCAACUCGCCCUCAGCCACUCGAAUCUCAACAACCUCGACCUCGUACUCCAUCAUGGAGGAUGCCGCGGAUGACACAGAAGAGGAUACAAAACCGGCAGCAUUAGGAGGUGAGGUUGAAGCGAUGUCUUUGUGGCGCGAGGAAAAUGUGAAGUAAUGUCAGCAGAUCAAACACUGGGGAGACGAAGGAAGAGAAACGAACAUCUAUCCUUGAUAUAUGGUGGCACGAACAGGUCCUACGAAGCAGUAGAGUUAGUAAGCAUAUAUCUGAUAUAACAUUCAGAGUACUUGCCUGAUUC